AUGGAUAAAGUUCUUAGUAUUCGUGGGAUUAAAAAAGUGAUGCACAAUGGAUAUGUUUAUGUUAAACAAAAAGAUUUAGCAGGAGGUGUGGUUAGUUAUGAAUGUGAAAAGCGUCGAGGAAAUGGAACAAAAAUGUCUGAAUGCAAAGCAAAGAUUAAAAUUAAAAACGACACUGUUGUUGGAUUUCUCCAUGAACACACACAUGCAUCAGAUGUAACACAAUGUGAAAUUCUUCAAGUUCGACACAAUAUUAAAAAAAGGGCACUGGAAACAGAGGAAACACCCCAACAGAUUCUUGGUAGAGAGAUGCAAAAUCUCAGCGAAGCAGCGUCUGUACAGAUGGUUACUAUUCCACAUCUGCGGCGUCAUAUUCGAAAACAGCGACAAACUAAUCAUGUUCAACAUCCUCUUCCAACCGAUCGCUCUACCAUUGAACUGCCGGAUGAAUACAAGAAACUAUCUAGUGGUGAGAAUUUCCUAUUAUUUGAUAGUGGUGUUGGUGACAAAAACAGAAUAUUAAUAUUUGGCACUAAUGAAUCAUCCUCUUUAUUAGAACAAUCUUUACAUUGGUUUAUGGAUGGAACCUUUAGCAUUGUGCCUGAGAUAUUUUUCCAAUUAUAUACAGUUCAUGCCCUCUUCAGCGGCGAUGUCAUUGCAUGCCUGUACUGUUUGCUGCCAAACAAAACGACGGAAACCUAUCGCCGUCUUUUUAUGAAAUUAAAAGAACUAAUGCCGGCCGCCCGGCCUAUUUCAGCUAUGCUGGAUUAUGAAAAAUCCGCCAUUAAUGUUGUUUCUGAAUGUUAUGAAGGCAUACAAAUCCAAGGCUGUUUUUAUCAUUUGACACAGAGCCUAUACCGAAAAGUACAGGCUCUUGGAUUUCAAACAAAGUACGUGGAUGAAGCAGAUUUCGCCGUCAUGGUAAGGAUGAUAGGUGCUUUGGCUUUUGUGCCAAUAGCAGAUGUUGUAGAUGUGUUUGAAGAACUUCGAGAACAUACGGAAAAUAGCAAUGAAAUUCAGCAACUGCUGGAUUAUUUUGAGGAUAAUUAUAUUGGAAGAGUAAGACGUCGAGGCCGAGCUGCUCCCCUUUAUGAGCCUCACAUCUGGAACAUACACCACAGGGUGGAAAAUGAGUUACCUCGCACCAACAACAGCGUCGAGGGUUGGCACCGUAAAAUGCAAGCUGCAGUUGCUGCUGACCAUCCUAAUAUCUGGCGCUUCAUCAAUAUUCUCAAACGCGAGCAUUGUUUACACUAA